UCAGAAUCCAACCCUCCGGGGAAACGAACCAUCAUGGAGCACCAUCACCACCACCAUGACCAUGAAAACACCAGCGAUGACUACGCGUCUUCCUUCGAUGAGCCCCAACACCCAGACGAGGAGCACCAUCCCGACUCGUUGGAGCUGGCCCGCAUCCACACCUACCGACUGCAGCAGAAGGCCACCGUAGGCUCGACGCGACCUCCGGUGCCUCGCGAGGAAUGGCUGCCCAUGGGGGCCGGCAAGGAGUAUCCGCCUCUGCUGCCGGACCCGGAGACCUAUGUGGUCGAGUUUGAGGGCGCGACCGAUCCGUUACAUCCGUAUAACUGGUCCAUCUUGCGGAGAUCCAUCCUCGUCGCCAUCCUCUGCUACUCCACCUUCGCCGCCUCCUUCACCAGCGCCAUCUUCUCCGCCGCCUCGACGGGGGUCAGCCGGGAGUUCCACAUCAGCACGGAAGUCAGCACCCUGGGGGUGACGCUGUACGUGCUCGGGUUCGCCGCGGGACCGACCCUGUGGGCGCCGGCGUCGGAGCUGAUCGGGCGCCGGUGGCCGCUGGCGGUGGGACUCUUCGGGUGCGGCCUCUUCACGAUCGCCUCGGCGACGAGUAAAGACGUGCAGACGCUCAUGCUGGGCCGCUUCUUCGGGGGGUUGUUUGCGGCGAGCCCGAUCUCCAUCGUGCCCGCGGUCUUCGCCGACCUCUUCACCAACGCCCACCGCGGGAUGGUGAUGUCGAUCUUCUGCAUGGCGGUCUUCAUCGGUCCGUUCGCCGCCCCCUUCAUCGGGGGGUUUCUGGCGACGAGCGCGCUGGGCUGGCGCUGGACGCUCUACCUCCCCUCCAUCCUGGUCGGCGUGGGCUUCGUCUUGGUGCUGUGCUGCCUCGACGAAACCUACGCCCCGGUCAUCCUCGUCCGCAAGGCCGCCCUCCUCCGGCGGCAGACCCGCAACUGGGGCAUCCACGCCCGCCAGGAACAGGUCGAGGUGGACCUCCCCGAGCUGAUCCGCAACAACUUCACGCGGCCGCUGACGCUGCUGGCCACCGAGCCGAUCUUGUUGCUGAUCUCGCUGUAUAUCAGUUUCAUCUACGGGCUGAUCUACGCCUUGCUGGGGGCGUAUCCCGUGGUGUUCCAGGGGGUGUAUGGGAUGAGUGCCGGGGUGGGGGGGUUGGCCUUUAUCGGGCUGAUCCUGGGGGAGCUGGCCGGGGGGGUGUUUAUCUUGUUUCUGCAGGGAGAUUAUCAGCGGAAACUGGCGGCGCAUGACAAUGUCCCGGUGCCUGAAUGGCGGUUGCCGGCUGCGAUUGUCGGAGCGGUGGCCUUUGCGGGGGGGAUGUUUUGGCUCGGCUGGACCGGCUACACCGCGCAAAUCCACUAUCUCGUCCCCAUGGCCUCGGGUCUCCUCACGGGCUUUGGCAUCUUCUGUAUCUUCCUGCAGUGUUUCAACUACAUUGUCGAUUGUUAUCCUACCUUAGCGGCAUCCACCAUCGCAGCUAACACCAUCCUCCGUUCCGCCGUGGGCUGCGCCUUUCCGCUCUUCUCGCGCCAGUUGAUGCAGAAUCUCGGCGUGCAGUGGGCGGGCACCCUGCUGGGGUGCAUUGCCACGGUGCUGAUCCCGCUGCCCGUGGUGUUUUGGCGGUAUGGGCCGUGGUUGCGGGCGCGGAGUGCGCUGGCCGCCUCGCCGAGCUCGUCGAUGGGGGCGGAGCGUGGUUAUGUUUGA